AUGCAAUUUAUUGGAAUAAUAGAUCCUGAGAUUGGAGAAAUUAACAAAGGUUUAGAUCAACAAAUUACCUGGUGUAAACAAUGGGCAAAUAACCACAAUUAUUUAUACAAGCAAGACAUUAUCUUUACAAAAAUAGAUAAAAGAAAAGGAGAAGAUAUUGAUAUUAGUAGUAGUGUAAUGAAUUUAAUUCAAUUGUAUUUAGUAAAUAGAGAGAGAAAAUAUAAAACACAAAUUACACACUUAUUAUUUAAUAAUAAUGUAAGACAUGUACCCUUUUUUUUUGAAUGUUGUCAUUCAGGAGGAUUAUUUCAACCUGAUGAAUCAUGUAUUUUUCAUACAGAUAGAAUAAUUAAAAAUCCAACACUUGAUUAUCAUUAUAAUGAAGAUAAUAGUUAUAGUAUGUGGAAAUCAAAUAUUACAGUCUUUAGUACAUCACUUAAAGAACAAAGAAGUUAUCAAUUGAAUGAAGAAAAUAAAGGAUAUGGAUGGGCAACACAAAAAAUAAGUGAAUUAGAAAAGAGUCCAUUUGAUUAUACUCCUAUUUAUGUAGUUAAUUGGUUAAAUAAACAAAUAGGUAAGGAACAAUAUGCAAUUGUUCAAUCAUCAACAUUAAUUCCAACAUGGUUUUAA